CACCUCAACAUUGGGGCCACUUUUUUUUUAGUUUUGUGAGACAGUCUCACUUUAGCUUGAAAACCGAACGAACGUGUCGUGGUCCCGCAAAAACCAAAUGUUUGGGUUGAAAAUAUAAAUAUAAAAAAAAAAUAGAAAAGAAAUACGAAAGAUCUCUCUUUAAACAAGCUACAAGAAGAAAAAACAAACACAACAAGAAAAAUAAUAAAAUAAAAUUAUUAAACAAAUAUCGAAGACCUAAAAUAACAACAACAAUUAACAAACAAAUAAAUAAAUUGUAAAUAAGUGACGUCAAAACAAAGUAAACUUUACAAAUGAAAGUCCAAAAAUAACAGAAAAAACAACAACAUCAAUAAUAUAAUAACAAGAACACCAAACUCAACGUAAACCCAAAAAAAGCAACAAUCGAAUAUUCUGUAAAUAAAUAUUGAAUGAAAAAUUAAACAGCUGCAGAUACAUACGAGGAACAUUUGUUUGUUGUAUUUUAUAUGCCGAUAAUAACAACAACUACUGCUACUACGACAACAACAACAUCAAUUGCAAACAACAGUAGACGGACGGACUGACAAACCAAUAUUUUAUUCCAGUUAAAGUCGUUGUUAUUGUUGUUACUGUUACUGUGUUGUUUUAAAUUGGUGAAUGAUACUUCGUGUGUUGUUGGCAAAUGCGCCGUCAAAGUGAAAAAUUUAACUAAAUCGAUCUCUCAACACAAUGCAACAUAAUGCUACAGAAACCGGCGGUACGCCAACCACCAAAUCCCCAGAAAAUAACAAACAGCAAUCUACGACAAAUUCGGCCGCAGCAUUUCCAACUAGAGCAUCCUACAAUCCCAGAUUUGCAGUAACACCUGAAACUAUGGGUAUGAAUUUACGCUCCGAUACUCCCACACCCACUAGAGAACAAACACAACAUGAACCCCCCUUAGUGGAUGUGAAAUCCUAUUACGAACGUCAUAAUAAAGGACCUACGGUGGGAUUACUCUCGGACUAUAAACAAGAAUCAAAUAAUUCCUUUCACAGUUCCCACUCAAAUACCCCGUCUAAUUCGUAUGCGUCAAUUAGAACAGAGAAUGUAGGACAGCGUAUAUCAAGUUGUUAUCCUAUUAAAACUCCUUCGCCGAAUGUUUCACCCAGAACACCUUCACAGCAAUGGAGUUUUGAUCGUACAAUUAAACCGGAGUAUUUAGAGCAGCAAAAUAAUGUUUAUACCUCCUCGGCUUCACUAUGCCCCACCCAAUCAGCACAGGCGAAGUAUACAGCCUCUAAUAAUUACCAAACUCUCAGGUCUCCCGAUGCUCACGCCUAUGCAUAUGUGCAAAAUGUUACGUCUUCGUCGGAGAUUCCCACGUCGCCUUACAAUGAAGAACAUCACCAGAAAUAUAGAUCGGGAUCGGAUGUCUGUGCGGGUGAUUCGGCCAAAUUAAAUUACAACCAAUUAAAUGAGUUAUAUGCGAAGAGAAUAGAGGAUAUUGAUGCAAAUGUUUGGGGAGAUAAAGAUCUAAAAAUUGUAACCUAUCAAGAAUGGGUAGAGAUGUUGACAAAAAUCAGCGAAUCCUUUAUCAUCAACAUGGACCAACUGGAAAGGGAGGUGGCUGAUCAUUUAGAGCUGAUACAGAGAAAAGUCAAUAGCAAUUGUCGCCACAGUCAGGGCAAUGAGUUGAUGAAAUGUCGCAAAGACAUUGAUACACUGUUGAAAUAUAUAAAAAAUGCACGUAACUAUAAUAGCUGGGAUCUACAGGGCCUUACAUUUGAGACCAUAACACCCGCCCAGGUAUUGGAUGUCAGCGAUUUUGAAAAUCUUACUAUUGAGGGCAAUGGAGGGGAUGCAAUGAAAAAUAACAAUGAGGCAGAGGUAAUGCAAAGAAACAAGCUGUAUGCCAGUAUGAAAGCCUUGGCUCACGAAGUGGCCGAGAAACACGAUGAGGUGAGAGAGCUGAAAAGACAGGUAAUUUCUAUGGAGGAUGAGAUACAAAAGGCCCAACAGAAAAUCCAGUUAAAAGAUGAUGUUAUCAAGGAGUUGAGAAAUGAUCUCAAGUGUGCCAACAACAAGUUUUCCGCCCAACAUUCUGUGGACACAGGCUUGAUCAUGCCUCCAAUUAACUUUGAAGAUCACACCUCUCGCAGUGCUAAUACACAGCUAACGGAUUGUAGUACUCCUCGGUUCCAAGACGACAAUGGUUCCCAAUACGAUUCUCUUAGUCAUACAGAGCUGGAAGAACAACAAAAAUUCAAAUUAUUGGAGGAGGAAAUGAAUGAGUUCUUUGAAAUGAACACAGUGUUAAAUAAACAGAAAAUGGAAAAUCAACGUAAAGGAUUAAUGGAUAUUUUCCAAAAGCUGAAAUCUGAAAAAGCUGCUGUUUAUCGAAAACUAGAUUUUAUACGCAGUCAACUAAUCGAUUUGGAAUCGGACUCUGCUGAAGGCAAUAACGAUUGUGAUUCUGGUUUCCAUUCGAAGAGUGAACAUGAUCAAGAUGCUAAACUAUUGGAAGCGGUACGCAAACGUUUGCGCAAACUAAAUGAAUCGAAUGUAGAGCUUAAGAAAAGAAUGCAAAAGUUGGAGUUGGAAAAUAGCGACUUGUCCAAUAGUUUGCAUUCGGAGAAAACUUUUUCCCAGCGUAACAGUGAAACCUUAAAGGAACUAGCGGAUUUAUUGUGUCGCAUGAAAGGUAAACAAUUCUCUUACACCAACAUCUAUAGUUCAACCUCUAAUGAAAGGAAUCCAUUCUGUGAAGCCAUUGAGGAAAUGAAGCAAGAUUUUCAAGAACGGGAAUCCCAACUAUUUAAAGCUGUAACCAUGAGAAACAAACAGGUUGAAGAAUUAUCCAAAUCUUUGCUAAAAAACGAAGAAGAUUUUAAUCAAGAAAGAACAUUACACAUGAAUGAAACUCUCAAAUGCCAAAUAGCUCAUUUGCAACGUACCCUUUUUGAACGAGAUCAACGCAUUGUGCAACUGGCUAGUAUGCUCAACAAUGUCUCGCAAAUACAAUCGUUGGAACCCCAUCAGGCAGCCCUCGAAUAUGUCACUUCCCGCAAUAACUUUACAGCUGAAUUGGAGAAGAAAAUUGAAGGGCUUACGGAAAAGUUGGAUAGGUCAACGCAGCAGGAACAUUUUUUACACAGAGAAACUAGGAAACUCAAUGAAGAGUUGAAUGAGAGUAAAAGAAAAAAUGGAGAUUUAAUUUCACAAGCUCAUCGUUUGGGCAAUCUUCUGAAGAGCCAAGAGAGCCAUCGCAUGGAAUUGGCUGCCAAAUAUGAAGCUCUGGAGCAAAACUAUGAAGAUCAAGCGAAAAAAUUGCGUACUGCCAACAAUCAGCUGUGUAUGCUGUCCGAACGUUUUCAAACUAUGGAAAAGAGACAAAAUGAACAUAAUAUGGAGCGCAAAUUACUCAGCGAUGAGGUGCUCUCGCUCAAAGAAAAUCACGCCUGUGCCAUGGGUCGUCAAAAGAGCCUAGAGGAACAACUACUCAAGACCGAAAAAGAACUAUACAAUGCACACGAUGUCAUCAAACAACAAAAAUCUAUUAUGCAACGCAAUGAGUUUGCCCAAAACGAAGCCCAGCAAAGACUGCAGGAAACGAAUAACGAGCUGAAAAGAAAAUUUUCGGAUCUGGUGCAAGACUAUAAAAAAUUGCAAGAGGAACACGACAAGCAGAAAGAGAUCAAUACACAACAGCUAAAACUGCUGGAGAACUUUCGCAAAUGGAAGGAACAGCAGCUGAAAGCCGAACAAACCACACGCGAGAAUUUAAAAAUAUAUCAAAAUUGUAUUGAAGAUAUGCUGCAAGAUAAACAGAAAUUAAUGCAUAACUUUCAUGAUCUCUAUAAAGAUUAUAGUCUGCUGCAAAACGAAUUGGAUCGUUUCAAAGUGUCUUCAUUAAACCUUUCCAACUUUAGUAGACUGCAUAAUACAUCUGAAAGAUCGAUUGCCGAACGUUUGGAAAUUGUACGCCGCACAGCGCGUCGUGUUUCGGAACAAAGCUCCUCGUUUAAAGACGAGGAGCCUACAGCUUCGAGAGGCGAUUCAAGCUCGGCUUUCAGACCAAGCGAGGAACCACUCUAAAACUAAUUAACAGAAAUCGGUUUAAUUGAUUUAGCAUUCUGUAUAUAUAUAUUUUUAAUAUGUAUUGUAGGUAUUUUUAAUGUUUAGUUUUAGUUUAAUUUUGUAAUAUACUUUUUAUUCUAUUACUUGUGCCUGUAUCUAGUUAUGGUCUGCAAACAAAUUAGUUUAUAAUUGUAUAUA